GACAGGUCCAUGGAAGCCUAUCCUCAUCAUAUGGUGGCCAUACAAACUCACACAGAAGGGCCAAAGAGGACCGAUCGGAGCUUGCUGUUGAAGUUAAACAAUUAGAUUACCAUGGAGCUUGCCAUUGCCGCUGCCAGCAGCAGCUUGGUCGUCACCGGCUUGAGGUGCAGGACGACAGGUUCUGCUGCGGAUGUCGCAUGGCAAGCGACUCCCACGUCCAGGCUUUGCAGGAGGACGAUGGCAUCCAGGCGUGCAGCCAUCAGGCCGAUGGUAUCUGCAGCAGGUUGCAAGACAUGCAAAGGAAAGGGUGCAGUAGAAUGCCCAGGGUGCAAGGGGACCGGCAAGAACAAGAAGAAUGGCAACAUUUUCGAGAGAUGGAAGUGCUUCGACUGCCAAGGAUUUGGGCUCAAGAGCUGCCCCAGCUGUGGCAAAGGAGGCCUCACACCCGAGCAGAGAGGGGAGAGAUGAUGAUACAAGUGCCAGCAGGCAUCCAUGCAUUCAGAUUCAGCCUUGCACAUUCAGACACUGAAUAAUGCUCUACCCUACCGCCACUUACUACAAUCUGGCCAAGUCUUCAAUCGUUAUCAACCACUAGUAGCAGUUGUGUCAUUCAUAGCCAGACCAGAUGAGGAUGAACAAAUACAAAAUCAGCCUGGUUAAACUGUUUACUGUAAGUCUGUAAGCCGCUUGGCAUAUAUGCAAAACCGCAUGAAGUGCAAAACCAUACUAUGGACUGCACAGGGACAGAUACGGCUUUUUUUUAUAUACGUGGAGGAGUGUAUGAUGGAUGUCAUUGGCAAAGGCUUCCGGAUUGACGGUUGCAAAA